AUGUCGUUCUUGACAUUUUUCGCGAGCGCUGCGGGAAUCGCCCUAAUAAUAUCCGUAUUGUACUCCUCUGCCAAACUCCACUGCGACUCUAAGGGCUGUCGCAUGUCGUGGAUGAGCCCGUCAUUCAUCCCGUUUACCGAUUUCGAUACCGAGCACACUCGUUUCGCCAGCAAGUACUCAUUAUAUCUAUACCGAGAGCAAGGGAUAGAUAAUGGGCCAAAGGUCAAAGGCAUACCAGUGCUUUUUAUACCAGGGAAUGCCGGGAGCUACAAGCAGGUUCGCUCUAUUGCUUCCGAGUCGGCCAGGUAUUUUCACGACAUUCUUCAGCACGAUCCGGCAGCUUUGGGGUCUGGCGCCAAGAAUUUGGACUUUUUCUCUGUCGACUUUAACGAGGACUUCACAGCUUUCCACGGCCAAACCAUGAUGGAUCAGGCCGAAUACGUCAACGAAGCCAUCAGAUACAUUCUAUCGUUAUAUCUAGACCCGCAGAAGUCAGAGAGAGACCCCAACCUUCCGGACCCAUCCUCGGUCAUCGUCCUAGGUCAUUCCAUGGGCGGCAUCGUUGCCCGCGCAUCAUUCAUAAUGCCGAACUACCAACCUAAUUCUAUCAACACGAUCAUCACCAUGUCCGCUCCUCAUGCUCGGGCGCCUGUCACGUUUGAUCCGCUGAUUGUCAAGAUAUAUCAAGAUAUCAACGACCAUUGGCGGCAGUCUUAUGCCAAGAAGUCGUCAACUGAGAAUAGUCUGGGUCAGGUCACUCUAGUAUCAAUUGCUGGUGGCGGUUUGGACACCGUAGUCCCUUCGGACUACGCCAGUAUAGAAUCCCUCGUACCUGAAACUCAUGGUUUCACCGUUUUCACAUCGACGAUCCCAACUGUCUGGACCAGUAUGGACCAUCAGGCAAUCACGUGGUGUGACCAAUUUCGAAAGGUCAUGGUCCGCGCUCUGUACGAUGUGGUUGACAACCGGGGGAAGUCACAGACCAAGCAACGGGCCGAUAGGAUGAAGUAUCUGAAGAAGAGGUUCUUGACCGGGAUGGAGAGCAUCGCUGAGAAGACUUUGCCGGAGGCGCAACCAAGCACGCUUUUGACAAUGGAGGAUGAUCCAGAUGCAAUCAGCGCUGAAGGAGAACGUCUGGUGCUUCGCAAUCUCGGGUCAACCAGGAAGCCAAAGGCUUAUCUACUGCCUGUUCCGCCAGAAGGCUCUCCCGGUGGUAAGAAAUUCACGCUUCUCUCUGACAGUCGACUUGAUUUCUCCGGAGAGAGUGGGAAACUGGAAGUACUGUUCUGCAGCGUCUAUCCCCUGCAACAGGGACAAGUCAAUAUGCCAUUCUCGAUGGAUCUGGAUCUCUCAAAUGACAAUCCAAGCACUACGAGGCUGGCUUGCAAAAAUGCAGCCGCUGAUGUGGUGGCAUUGCCAGCUUCUACUCGCGCGACGGAACAACCCUUCUUCCUGGAGGAUCAGCAGCAGAUACUGCCGUUUUCGUACCUUGAGUAUGAUAUCGAUGAUAAUUCAGACCACCACUUUGUUGCAGUUGUGGACAAGACUGGGGUACCAACCCCUGGAUGGGUUGUUGCCGAGUUCGGCGAUGCGAUUGAAGCACGUCUGACACGACACAUCAGCCUCAGGCGUCUUCUGGCCUUCGGCUUACAACUUCAACUCCCUUCAACUCGGCCGAUGGUUACAGAGGUUCGAAUCCCGUCUGUCGAGAGUAGUCUGCUGGCAUACAAUUUGGAGAUUGAAGACCAAGUUUGUCGCGAACGAAGGGAGCUUUUCAGGCCGUUGGUGCGACAAUACCUGUCGAAGCCGUACGAGUCAAAAUAUUUUGUUGAUGCCAAAAAUGUGGAAAUCAGCCUUCAUGGCGUCUCACCAUACUUGCCGCCCCCUAUGAGGUCCAAGCGAAGCGACGAUGGCCUCAGUUUGCAGUUUUGGACGGACCCGACCUGCGAUACUAGCCUUUCGAUCAAGCUUACUGUUGACCCGAUGGGUAGUGUUGGAAAGCUAUAUAUGCGCUACCGGACGGUAUUCGCUUCCUUUCCUCUGCUCAUAGUAGCAAUGGUGCUGCGAAAACAAUUCCGGGUGUACGACAGCACUGGGAUAUUCAUCCCCUUUACCGAGAGCCUCGAUAGUUGCCUUCGGCGGUCAUUACCCAUGUUGUUCCUGUCUCUGACCUUCUUGUCACUUUCGAUGGGCCAGUCAAGCUCAUCCGAGCACAGGGGACUCUGGCUAUGGCGAAACAGUACUUCUGCUGCCGCUUUUGCUCAAAACGAUCUACUCGUUGGCACCACGGACCCGUUCUUCUGGUUCCUGAUCCCAAUGAUCAGCAUCAUCUGUAUAGGAGCUUGCGUCGUCGUCCACUACAUGGCUCUCAUUCUCAUUUCGGUGUUGAGUGCCCUCUAUGGCUGGGUGUUUGCCCGCACCGUCGUGCGACAGGACGAUAAGAAACAGCCCCAGUCGCCAAAACAUGUCCCAUCGCCUAUUUUCACACCCGCAUCGCCACAACGGCGGGUCAUCACUACUGGGAUCCUGCUUCUUCUCGUCUCGACGUUUAUACCCUAUCAGUUCGCAUACGUCGUCGCUUGUCUGGUCCAACUGAGUACGAGCGUACGAGCGCACCGGGCUGCGUGCGAAACUGUGUCACCCGCAAAUACCAACUUCAGCAACUACGUCCACACAGUCUUCCUCCUCAUGUUUUGUCUGUUGCCAAUCAACUUGCCCACCUUGGUCGUAUGGGUGCGCAAUUUAGCCGUAAAUUGGUUUACACCUUUCUCCUCUUACCACAAUGUGCUUUCUAUCCUGCCAUUCAUCCUCCUGGUCGAAACUCUCACAGCCGGCAAAAUGCUCCCAUCCGUCACAAGUCGGCUUCGGCACUUGACUAAUGUCCUGUUCUUCGGCAUAGCAGUGUAUGCUGCGAUCUACGGUGUAUCGUAUGCGUAUAUGCUACAUCCACUGGUCAAUGUACUAGUUGCUUGGCUUGUAGCUAUCCAUUCCACUUCCGACUCUUGGGCCUUUGCUGCAAUUAGGUCGGUAUUUGAUGGCGAGUCACCGAACAAUCGAAAGCAGGGCAAAAACCCUUGA